ACUGUUUCGAUCUCAUCGACGGCUUCUCUGGGUAAAAAUGUUGCUGCCAAUUAUCCUUGUUUCAUUCUUGACAUUUGCGAGCGCGUUAAUAGAUUUUCUGCAUAAAAUACCGAACAUUCUAUUAGAUCCAUUAGACAAAAUACCCAAGAUUGACUUCUCACCAAACCCACCUGAAGAUGCGUCGCUUUCUGCUAUAGAAAUAAUAAACAAAUAUGGAUACAAUGGUGAGACACACAAUACUAUUACUUCCGACGGUUAUGUCUUAGGACUUGAUAGGAUAACUGGACGAGUCAAUUCUAACUCUUCGCAAAUACAAAAACCCGUUGCGUUGCUCAUGCACGGCAUUCUGUGCAACUCGAUAUGCUGGCUUUUUCCAGGAGGAAAAAGCCUAGCAUUUAUUCUCGCGGAUGCAGGAUAUGACGUAUGGCUCGGUAACGCACGUGGUACCAAAUAUUCUCGUGAACACGUGCAAUAUUCCUCUAACGAAAAAGACUAUUGGAAUUUUAGCUGGCACGAAAUUGGCACGCAGGAUCUUCCAGCAAUGAUAGAUUAUGUAUUGGAGACUACUGGUCGCGAGAAGCUGUUUUACUUGGGACAUAGUCAAGGCACUACUGUCUUUUUCACCAUGGCAUCGGAACGACCCGAAUAUCAGAGUAAGAUAGAGGCGAUGUUUGCUCUAGCACCGAUCGUUUUUUGUGGUAGAAUGAAGAGCCCUUUCUUUCAAAUACUAUCACAUUUCACGAUUUCUAUCAAAAUUAUGAGCGAGUUAAUUGGCAUAAACGAAUUUACAGCUAAUAAUGCAUUAAUAAAAAAAGUCCAACAAAUGGUAUGCGCAGAUGAUGCUAUCACGCAAUCACUCUGUUCGAAUGCAAUUUUCCUAGUUACUGGAUUCAAUCACGAGCAAAUGGACAAAAAUCUCAUACCGAUAGUUGUUGAACAAUUUCCUGACAGUGUGGCUACAAAGCAAUUCAUUCACUAUGGGCAACUCAUUAACUCUGGAUCAAUUAUAUCUGCCGGCAAAUUUAAGCAGUAUGAUCAUGGAAUCAUCGCUAAUAAAAAGAUAUACAAUCAGGUAAAACCACCGAAUUAUAAUUUAAAAAAGAUCCAAGUGCCGGUUGUAUUGCAUUACAGCAAAAAUGAUUGGUUAGCAAAUGUGAAGGAUGUGGAAAACUUGUACACAGAAUUAGGUAAUCCCUUUGGCAAAUUUCUAGUUCCGGAUAAGAGAUUCAAUCACAUAGAUUUUAUGUGGGCUAAGAAUGGGAAGGAGCUUCUGUAUGACUAUAUAUUGGAUCAAAUGAAGCAAUUUCUACAGUGAACAGUCAACAUUGUCUUUUUAAAUUUUCUGCGGCGAUUCGUUUUAUGAAAUGCUGCAAAAGUUGUUUUUACAUUAUUAUUUGCUCAUUUUUUUACUAUCAAUGGUUUUAUUUGUUAUGUUAUCUGGUCUUACUUAUUUCUUUCUAUCGUCUUCACAAUUUUUUCCAUUUUCAGUAUGUUAUGUAGAUAGAAAACAUUUGUGGCAAUAAAUAAAAAUUUCUUAA